AUGGCUUCCGUACUAUCGACUCGCGCGGUCAGGACCGCCUCCUGCUCCGCAUGCCGCUCCCUCGCUCGUCCCAACUCCAUCGCAGCCGGUCUCCUUCCGCGGCGAGGACUCUCGACGGCCACCGAAGAUGCAGCAGUCAACCAUGCAGACAAGCCCCGGUGGUCGUACACGCCGCCUCGUGCCAAAGCGCCGUUCUCCUUGAGACUCAACUCCAACCGCCCCGAGUUCCCCGUGAAUUCAGAUCCCAAGGUUCUGGACCGGUUCUACAUCCUCAUGCUCGGAAACGACGGCGACAAGAUGCUCUCGGAGGAAACCAAGUGGCUCGCAGUGACACACAAGAGUUUUGAUCAGGGCCGGAGAGGUUUCAACGACCGUUUGGCCUUCCUGGGCAAGCGUAUUGUUCAGCUGCAGGCUUCGUUGGCUUUGGUCCAGAGUCCUAGCAACGCUGCUAACUCUGCCACCCCCGAUGCGUAUGGCCGGGUCCCCUUCACUCACCCGGCUUUAGAUAGCCUGGACAACCUCGACUACAACACGAAGAGCUUCCUUACGAGCAAGACGAAGCUGUCGGAACUUGCUCACAAGUAUGACAUGCAGAGAGUUGUGAGAUGGUGCCCUCGGAAGCCCAACAACCUCGAAAGCUCUGGAAUGGACCUCGUUCUCGCCCACACGAUGUACGCUGUGAUCGGUGCCAUCUCCCUGGAGAAGGGCAAUGCUGUUGCGAACAAGGUGGCCCGUGCAUUUUCAAGGCGUUACUUCCUUUUUCUCUUUUCACCUUCCCCUUGUUUCUUUGUGCCCUGGAUGUUUUGUAUAUCAAAAAGUAUGUACGGUUCCUCUGACACCGCCCGGGUAACAGUCAAGGCAGAGCAUCCCCGAUGGCCGCAUCAUCAGUCAGUCUCGCAUGAUAUUCGUUCCAUUCCAGCUUCAUCGCAGGCACGUCGGCCAAGACCUCCCCUUCUGCUGCUUCCUGUGAGUUCUCCGGCUCCGGUUUUCACAGAUUCCCCAGUUGAAUGUUCCUCUUGA